AAAAAAAACAAGGGUGUACUUGUAAAAUAAUUUAACCCUCCGGGUUCAAACUCGCACAACAAAAAAUAUAACGACAAAUUUGAAAUACAUAUUUUGAAGAACUUUUUCGUACCCUUCAUAUAUACCUAGUUACCUACAACGGCAAUAAUGUCAACGGUCGAAUUGCAAUCGAGAGUGACAGAGAUGGGGAAAAGAGCAUCGAAGAACGUAAGCUCUGUAACCCUAACUCCGGAACGAGAAGAAGAAGAGAAAGGAAAAGGAUUCUUCGCCUGCUACCUACUGACUUCGCUCUGCCCUCGCUUCAAGGGUCACACCUACAUCGGAUUUACAGUGAAUCCAAGGCGCCGGAUCAGGCAACAUAAUGGUGAGAUUAGGAGUGGUGCGUGGAGGACCAAGAAGAGGCGUCCCUGGGAGAUGGUUUUGUGUUUAUACGGCUUCCCAACAAAUGUAUCCGCUCUUCAGUUUGAAUGGGCCUGGCAGCACCCAACCGAAUCGCUUGCUGUGCGGCAGGCUGCCGCAACUUUUAAAUCUUUUUCUGGAGUUGCCAAUAAGAUUAAACUUGCGUACACAAUGCUCAACCUUCCAGCUUGGCAGAGCUUAAACAUUAGAGCGAACUAUUUCUCAACAAAAUACACCAGUCAUUCUGCUGGUUGCCCAAGUUUGCCUGAACACAUGAAGGUACAUGUGUGCUCCAUGGAUGACCUUCCCUGCUACAGUGAAGGAAAUGAGUGUGUGUCUGAAGGUGAGGAUAAUGAAGGUUGCUUGAAUGUUGGAAAUGAAGGUGAUGAAGGUAGCAAGACAAGUCAGAUGGCUAAGGCAAAGAUGGGAAAAAGACAUGCUGGCCCUGUGGAUGAUUCAACUGCCGAUGGCAGCAUAACUGCAGGGGAAACAUGUGCUGAUGCCACUGGUGUUGUUUCAGUAUACGAGUCAUGUGACGUUGACAAUUCCUAUUAUGAUAAAUCUGGAAUUCUUGAUGAAUACAGUAAAAGGGAGCCAAGGGACUCCUUUACUACAGAAGGAGAUUUUGGUCACUCAUUUGGUUUCAUCAAAUCGCUACUUACAACGGCCACUUCAGUGGUUUCUAGCUUUUCCAUGCAAGAAACCGCUGUGCAUGGAGAUAUGAUCAAAUUGGUCAAAGAGAGUAUUAUUGAUUUGGAUCAGCCAAGAAGACAACAAUUAUCAGGCAAAGAAACUCCUUAUAAUGACAAUCAAUCAUUCCACAAUUUUUCUUUCUCCCGUGAAGUUGAGGUAAUAGAUUUGUUGACGCCAUCUCCAGGCUGCAGAAUUAGGCCAUGCAGCAAGAAAAGAAGAGUUUCAAUUGUUUGUCCUGAGAUUAUUGAUUUGACCUAGUCUCCUUGUCCCGCAACAUUAGAGCUUGUUGCGCGUACAAGCAGCACCAAAUAAAAGGAAGAAUGUUAAACUUCACUGUCUAGUAUGUGUGAAGUGGCUACACUGAAAUAUAUUAUCUUUCAGUAGAAAAAUAAUUCUCACCUGAGCUGAUAGUGAAUUGAGUACUGCAUACUAUCAUGCUUUAUUAAUUGACCGGUGGGUUAAGGGUUCUGAAGUUCUCAGUCCCCUCUACUGUGUUAUUUUCGCCCUUUUCUGCUUGGGUUAGAGUUUACAUGUCAAUAAUGCUACAAGCAAUUUACCUUCAAAGACUAGUAUUUUUUCCACAUUGUUCUGAUU